CACAAGAAAAAAAACAAUCAAAUCCUUCCUCCAUGCCCACCAAAGCUACCAUUCAUUGGAAAUCUUCAUCAACUAGGAACACUUUCACACCGUUCCUUCCAUGAGCUCUCAAAGAAGCAUGGCCCUCUAAUGUUGUUGGAGUUGGGACAAGUCCCAACUCUGGUGGUCUCGUCUGCGGACGUGGCCAAAGAAAUCAUCAAGAAUCAUGAUGUUGUUUUCUCCGAUAGGCCCCAAACUACGGCUGCAAAUAUCUUUACCUAUGGAUGCAAGGACGUAGGUUUUGCACCGUAUGGUGAAGAGUGGACAAAAAAAAAGUUUUGUGUUCUUGAGCUUCUAAGCAACAAAAGAGUUCGUUCUUUCGGUUCUGUUCGCCAACAAGAAGCUGCUGAACUGGUGGGUGGAAUACGUGAAUCAUGUGUAAGAAACAAAGGAUCUUGUGUGAAUCUAAGUGAGUUGCUAAUUUCAACAUCAAACAACAUAGUAUCAAGAUGUAUUCUUGGACAAAAGUAUAAUACUCCAAAAGAUUGUAACGACAAAAAUUUUGGAGAGCUUGGAAGAAAAUUGAUGAGACAAUUUUCGUCUUUCAGUGUGAAAGAUUUCUUCCCUUCGUUUGGUUGGAUUGAUUCUGUUAGAGGUUUGAUAUCAGAAAUGAAUGCCACUUCUAUAGCAUUUGAUUCUUUCUUAGAAGAUGUAAUUGAAGAACACAAGAGAAGGAAUAAAGAGAAGAAGAAAGGUGAUGAUCAUUUUGAGAACAAAGACUUUGUUGAUAUACUUCUUGAACUUCAAGAGAAUAAUAUGCUUGAGUUUGAGGACUCUCAAGAUAACUUCAAAGCAAUCUUAUUGGACAUGUUUGUUGGAGGAAGUGAUACUACCUCAACAACUCUAGAAUGGACUUUUGCUGAACUCAUCAAGAAUCCAAAAGCCAUGAAGAAAGCUCAAGAAGAGGUAAGGAGAAUUGUGGGGAGAAAAUCAAAGGUGGAAGAAAAUGAUGUGAAUCAAAUGAACUAUUUGAAUUGUGUGAUCAAAGAAACUCUAAGAUUGCAUCCUCCAGUUCCUCUCUUAGUUCCUAGGCAAACAACUUCAAAUGUGAAAGUACAAAGUUUCAAUAUUCCUCCAAAAACUAGAGUGUUUAUUAAUGCUUGGACGAUUCAAAGAGACCCAAAAUUGUGGGAGAAGGCUGAAGAGUUCAUUCCUGAGAGAUUUGAAAACAACCAAGUUGAUAUAAAAGGGUUGGAUUUUGAAUUAAUACCAUUUGGUGUUGGGAGAAGAGGGUGUCCUGGAAUUUCAUUUGGGCUUGUUUCUACCGGAUAUGUUCUUGCUAAUCUUCUAUACUGGUUUGAUUGGAAGCUGCAUGGUGAAGAUGAAGGUGACAUAGACAUGGAUGAAAUGUGUGGACUCACUGUUAGUAAGAAAGUUUCACUCCAUCUUCAACCCAUACCAUACUCUCUUAGUUCUUAGACUUAAUGUCUUGUAAUGAUAACAGGGCUAAAAUAUCGUCUUUGUCCCAA